GAGGAGGGCACUUCCUGUGUCAUGGCGCCAAAAUGAGCACUGAGUUCAUUGUUGGGAGGAACAAGUUGAUUAAACCGCUUGUUUUCUAAAACUUCUACUGUCGGUGAUUCAGAGGAUACCAGGAGACCCUGAGACCACGCAAUGGUAUCUCUCAAACCAAGAAACGUGAUGAUUGAAGUUUAACUGUUAAGGAAAGAACAUCACUUUGGAAAAGGAGGCAGUGAGCUUGGAGGAUGUAACCGUGAACUUCACCAAGGAGGAAUGGGCUCUGCUGAAUCCAUCCCAGAAGAAGCUCUACAGAGAUGUGAUGAGGGAAACAUUGAUGAAUAUAAAUGCUGUAGGAAGGAGUUGGGACUGCCAGCAAAUUGAAGAAGAAUACAAGAAUUACUCAAGAAAUCUAAGAAAAGAAGAGAUACCAAAAUGCUAUCAGUUCAAAAUUUGCAAUUCACAUGAGAACAUAUUCCUUUUGACUCCAGAUGCUAAUGUGGACAUGCAGCAAGCUGCUUUAAGGACAGUAAGAAGCCUUGAUCCUACAGAGUCCUUGAUUGGGCAUUUAUCACUAAAUGUGCCCAGUUUACAUCACACGGGAGAGAAGCUACUUGAGUAUUUGAAAUUUGAUGUCAAACUGAGUAAAUGUAAUGAAUAUGGAAAACCCUGCAGAGAUUUCCAGUCCUUUCAGAAGCAUAAAGAGACAAAGACUAGAGAGAAACACCAUCAAUAUGAGCAAAUUACAAAAUUUUGUUCUGAACUUAGUGAAAAAACUCACACUGCAGGGAAGUCUACUAUUGAUAAGAAAAGCAUGAAAGCCUCCAGCAUUCCCAGUGGUUUUCAAAUCCAUGAAAGAAUUCACACUUGUAAGAAACCAUAUUUAUGCAAGCAAUAUGAAAAAACAUUCAAUACUCAAACUCAUAAAAUUUAUGAAGGGAUUCACAUGGAGAAGAAACCCUACGUAUGUAAGCAAUGUGGCAAGUCAUUCAGUAGAUACACUCAGUGUCAAAACCAUGAAAGUACUCACAAAGGGAAGAAACAUGUAUGUAAACAGUGUGGCAAAGCUUUCACCAGACGCAAUUAUUGUCAAAUACAUGAGAAAAAUCACACUGGGGAGAAAUCGUACAUGUGCAAGCAAUGUGGAAAAGCAUUCACUCUAAGGAGCAGUUUUAAAAGGCAUGAAAGAAAUCACACUGGUGAGAGACAUGUUUGUAAGCAAUGUGGAAAAGCAUUCACUACAAAGUACUAUUAUAAACUACAUGAAAACUUUCACACAGGAGAGAAACCUUACGUGUGCAAACACUGUGGGAUGGCAUUUACUACACAUCAUUCUUGUCAAAGACAUGAAAGAACUCACACUGGGGAGAAACCUUAUGUGUGCAGACAGUGUGGGAAGGCAUUCAGUAAACCAAAAUCCUGUCAAAUACAUGAAAGAAGUCAUGCAGACAAGAAGCCAUAUGCAUGUGAGCCAUGUGGAAAAAGAUUUUCCAGUAAGUCCUCCUUUUAUACACAUAGAUCCCACACUGGGAAGGAACCCUAUGUAUAUAAACAGUGUGGGAGAAGCAUUAAAUGAACACAUUUUUAUAAAACAUUUGAUAAAAAUCACUGGAGAGUGACCCUAUGUAGGUUAAGUGUAUUGUGGAAACGGGAAGAUUUCUCUUUUUUUUUUUUUUGUCUUUCUCCUUUUUAUCGGUACCGGGGAUCGAACUUCAAACUCACGACAGCCUGCUUGUAAGGCAGGCGCUUAUGACACUGAGCUAAAUCCCCAGCCCCUAGGAAAAUUUCUCUUAUUUUGGAGAGUAUACACCUAUAAAUGAAAAAUUUGAUGCCAGCAUUGUUUUCAUGGGUUUUCCAGAAAAUAUACUCCCAGGUGGAGAUCUCCUACAAUGUAUUCGUUCAUGUUUUUCAGUAAAUCAUUUAUAAAUCACUGAACUAUGUAUGUGUAGUCUUUACUAGAAAAAAUAUUGACAUAUUGUUAUGUAAGCCAUUGUCUUUGAACUUAAUAUAUGCCGUCUUCUAAUAAAACAAGAUGAAUUAAAAUGUA